AUGAGCAACGUUCCUGACAAUGCACCUCAACAUUGCCCUGGAACUCAGAGUGAAGAUGCUGGAAAAGCUUCGGCAUGUGCUGGUUGCCCCAAUCAGAAUAUUUGCUCUUCUGGUGCUGCCUCAGAACCAGAUCCUGCGAUAGAAUUGAUUAAAAACCGUCUUUCAAAUGUAAAAUAUAAGAUAUUGAUACUUUCUGGCAAAGGUGGUGUUGGUAAAAGUACAGUAACAUCUCUGCUGGGGCAUGGACUUGCUACUAGAAAUCCAGAUAUCAAUGUGGGCGUCCUAGACGCCGAUAUCUGCGGACCGAGCCAGCCGCGAGUGCUCGGAGUCCGCGGUGAACAAGUGCACUAUUCUGGCUCUGGCUGGUCGCCCGUUUAUGUCAAAGACAAUCUGUCUCUGAUGUCGAUCGGAUUUUUAUUGGGUAGUCCCGACGACGCUGUUAUUUGGAGGGGGCCUAAGAAAAAUGGUAUGAUCAAGCAGUUUCUAAGUGAAGUAGACUGGGGAGACCUGGAUUAUCUGUUAAUCGACACACCACCAGGCACGUCGGACGAGCACCUGUCGGCGGUGCAGUACUUGUCGGCCGCGAAGCUGACCGGUGCGGUGGUGGUGACCACUCCCCAAGAGGUGGCUCUGCUCGACGUGCGCAAGGAGCUACAGUUCUGCGAGAAGCUGGGCGUCAAAGUAAUCGGUGUGGUCGAGAACAUGUCGCUAUUCGUGUGCCCUAAUUGUAACAGCCGCAGCGAGAUAUUCCCUGCUACGACGGGCGGCGCACAGCACAUGUGCGCGGAGAUGGGAGCGAGGCUGCUGGGUUCGUUGCCGCUGGACCCGCUGCUGGCAAGAUGUUGCGACUCCGGACGAGAUUAUCUGGAGCAGCUGCCCCACUCGCCCGCCAGCACAGCGCUGCGCGACAUCGUCGACAAAAUCGUUGCAGUUUGCGAAAGCGGGUCCAGUUGA